AUUUUCGGCCAUGUUCAACUGUUUGUCUUUCUUUCUCGGGUUGUGCUAAACGUCAACAGCACACACGUUCCGAUCGCGGAGAACAUUUUUUCCGAUUUUCUCUUUAGAAAACUAAUCGAAGAUGCCUCAGGAAAUUAAGGAAGUGAAAGACUUCCUCAUCAAGGCUCGCCGGAAGGAUGCCCGCGCCGUCAAGAUAAAGAAGAACGACAACAACACUAAGUUCAAGAUCCGCUGCUCCCGCUAUCUGUACACGCUGGUUGUCCAGGACAAGGAGAAGGCCGAAAAACUGAAGCAGUCCCUGCCGCCAGGUCUGCAGGUUAAGGAAGUCAAGUAAACCCCUACGACAUCCGACCACUAUUUUGUUUCCUUCGAGAGGAGUUCUGUGCGCUAGCGGAGUAUAUUUUUUUCUUGUGGAAAGGCUGAGCCCGCUACCCAAUUGUAAUUCCAAAUAAAAGAUAAAAUCAGGAAAACGUCACCUGGAAGGUAA